ACUACCACCUGCCGCCCUCUGACUGUACCACACACAAGUUACAAAACACAGGCAUUUUCAGCCAUUUACACCCUCACGUGUAGUGCUGCAUUAUGCAAACACCGAAGUCAAACCUCUGAAGCUGCAGAACAGAACACUCUACACCAAAGGUAGGCUUUUUGCUUCUAGCGUUUAGUUGCAGUUUCAUUCUGUGUAGACUCCAAUCCCCUGGUCGGAGUUUUACAAUUCAAGUCGUAUUUUUAGGGGAGAAAUGAAAAACAGAGCGACGACGUCAGAUGCUACUGAAUCAAAGAGUAAAGUGAAGAAAAGGCCAAAGGAGACCUCUCCCCCAACUCUCUCCAAAAAGCUACGAGCCAAAAAAGAUGGAGAGACGUCCAGCCAAGGUAAGGAGCUCUGGCUGCGUGUUGACACUUUAUACUAAUUCUUUAUACACAGUCCUCACAGCUGAGUUUGGUUGUGUGGUUUUUACAGGACCGCCCCCUCUCAAGGCUACUGGAGUCCAGAAGAGAAGUUGGCACGGCAGCAUCCUACAUUAUAUUUAUAAGAGCACACUGGGCCAAAGUCUGCACUCACAGAUGAGACAGGUGAGACUGUCCCUCUCAGGUCAGGAUUUGCACAUGGAGAAAACAAUGUCUAAUAAUAUCUUAAAGUUAUGAGUGGUUGGAGGGGUGGAAUCAUUUUAAAUUUGUGUGCAUUAUUCUGUGCAAGUGUGCAUGAAUCAGUGUGGUUUUUGAUUCAAAAGUAUAAGAUAAAACUGUCACAGCUUGGUUGGCCAAGUGGGUUGCUAUUUGGGGUGGCAUGAGGUUUGUACAACUACACAAUAGUUUUUCUUGAUUUUUGGAACACUUAAGAUAUUCCUUUAAACCUUUAAAUAACGGAGUGGCAACACAAAGCCCCGACAAACAAAAAAUAAACACAUCCUAACAUUAUAUAGACAAAAAUAUAGAUGCUUAAUAGUCUAACAUGUUUAUUAAAUCUCUAUCAACGAUGAAUUUGUAACUUCACUUCCUUUUAAAGCACUGUUAUUAAAGUUCUUUGGAGACACAUGACAAAGGUUCUAAUUCUUAGUUGUCCACAUGAAAUCAAUAGAUCUGUAUUUAUAUUGUCAAUGCAUGUAAGUAAAACAGGUAAUAAGGGAAUAUAUAGUGUCGCGGUUCAGCCACAGUUCCUCUCAAAUUCAGGUCAUCAGCUUACUGGUGUGUCUUGUGUAGGAUUCUUCAGCAGGACAUUUAAGUGUGUUAUUUUCUCCAGUGUCUCCAGGAGCCUUAUGUCCGCUCCCUGUCCUCCUAUCAUUUCCAUGGUGCCACCAGCCCCUUUGAUCGCAGGAUCACCUGCCUGGAGUGGCAUCCUACUCACCCCACCACUCUGGCAGUGGGCUCCAAGGGUGGUGACAUCUACCUGUGGGACUUUGAGGCGCCUGCAAAGAAAACUUUUUUACAAGGGGUGAGUUCUUGCGUAAUGGUCUGGCUUGUUUUAACACACAAUUGCUGACCAGACGAUUUAUUUUGUUUUUACAUCACAACACAUUGUCGUUGGUUCUCUGCAUAGAUGGGGGCUGGAGACUCAGUUACAGGCAUGAAGUUUAACCAGUUAAAUCCCACUCAGCUGUUCACCUCCUCUAUUGCGGGUACCACAGUCCUGAGAGAUUUCAGUGGGAAAACUCUCAGAGUGUUUGCCAGCACAGACACGCUAAAGUAAGACUCAGAGAAGCUUGAUCAUUUUAGCUGAAGUCAAAGAGGGUUGUGGGUAUCAUGCCAGCAUCAGUCUCCUCACCAGGUGGUCCCAGUUGGUUUACACUAAAGUGCUUGCAUGGUAUUGAAGUGCAUGUGGCUGCCCAGUGAUAGGCCUGCAUUUUUGUUUGUGUGUGCAGAGCGGAGCAGGAGACUUCAUCGGAGGGAUGAAGUUCUGCCCGAUGGACCUUUCCAGAGUCUAUGUGGCUUCUGGUCAGGGAACCUUGACCAUGCAGAGCUUUGAGGGUCACACACCCACGCUUCUGUCCAGAACUCAAGACUGUGACCACGAUCAUCACGAUGUUUGGUGAGAAGACUGAUGCUCAGGCUAGAAAUGCUGUGAUCUUGUUGAUGUUGUAUGAAUGUACAUAGUUCUUGCAUAUGUCCAUAUUUCCAGUUUAUCAAAUUCUGAAAACUGAUCUAAACAAUCAAAUGUUAAUGUUUAGGUUCAGGUUUCGAAAACCAAAGUUAAAUCCUUCAGAUUCUGGGAAAUGCAUACAUAACAUCCACUACGUUUGCGAUAGUUUCACAUAGUUUUUAGAAAAUACAGUAAAGAUUUAAUAGAUCUGCUUGUUUUCCUCCUUUAUCUUCCUUUCAGUGAAACUCAACUUUCUUUCCCUUGUUUGUUCCAGUUUCUGGUACUGCUGUGUAGAUGUGUCUGUGAGCAGACAGAUGCUGGUGACAGGAGACAAUGUGGGACAGCUCUUACUGCUGAGCCUGGAUGGGCAGAAAGUAUGUAUUCAGUCUCCAAUGAACUUAAAUAUGCUAGCACACAGAGUUGAGUACGUAAUGUAAUGUCUUUAUUAAACAGAUUAUACUUAAACAGAAAGAAUAUGCAGGAAUGGAUUUGAAAGAGGUGCACUUUAACUGAAAAUGUUUAUAAUCUGUUCUCAUCUUGUAGAUUUUCAGUGAAAAGUUGCACAAAGCCAAGGUGACUCAUGCCGAGUUCAACACUCGCUGUGAUUGGUUGUUGGCUACGGCCUCUGUAGACCACACAGUGAAGCUUUGGGACCUGAGAAACAUCAAAGACAAGAAGAGCUUCCUCCAUGAGAUGCCCCAUGAGAGAGCUGUCAACUCAGGUAACAGUCUCAUACUUAAACAUCCAAGUUUCAACUCCCUACACAUGAAUCUUGAUCAUUUGGGUAAAGUGACAAAUGUCCUCUUAGCCUACUUCAACCCGCUGGACUGCUCCAAGCUGCUCACUACAGACCAGUACGAUCAGAUACGGGUCUACUCAUCACCCGAUUGGUCAAAGCCUCAGCAUAUCAUCCAACAUCCUCACCGACAGUUUCAGCAUCUCACACCAAUUAAGGUUUGUUUCCACUUCAAAUGUGUGCGUAUGUUUUUUUCCCUCUGAGACAACAACAAAAAUUAUUUUAUUAGCACAAAAGCAUACAUACCAAGACAUGGGCAUCUGUACAUAUAACCAGGUUUAAAUCAUCAGAUGCCAACCUUUUUUUCAGCCUUCAAGAUUACAUAGUUUUAUUUUAUUUUUUGAUGAGUACAGGAAUCUUUGCUUUUGUGAAAACUCACCUCUGUUUGUACUCCUACAGGCCACAUGGCACCCUAUCUAUGACCUCAUUGUGGCAGGUCGGUACCCAGAUGACCGGGUUUGCCUCGGAGAUCAGAGAACUGUUGACAUCUUUGAUUCCAACACAGCAGAGCUCGUGUAUCAGCUGCAAGAUCCCAAUGCAGCAGGGAUUAAAUCUGUGAGCAUGUUUUUAAAAAGACUAUUCACACAGUUAAAGAUGUGAGAACUGUACAAGUUUAACUUAGUUGACUUUUUUUACAGGUCAAUAAAUUUAAUCCACUGGGGGAUGUACUUGGAACCGGGAUGGGUGAGUUCUUCACAAGUAUCAUUGUGAUGGAUGUGUUGUUGUUUUAUGAGUUUGUGUGGUUGUAUUCAAAAAUGCCAAAUUGUCUCACUGAACCUUUUAAAUGUCCACCCUCAGGUGUAACCGUGCUGGUCUGGGAUAGAAAUGAGUCACUGAUCAGAGAUCAGCACACAGUGCAGGGUGAAACCUCAGUGGAGGGUUCCAGGAGCCAGAAGAGGAGUCAGCCACGCUCCAGUAAGGACAAGAGAGUUCCUGCUAUGGAUGCAAAGCUUAAAAAGAAGCUGGCUUCUCUAGAAGAAUCAGAGACCAAAACCAAGACCAAGACUGGGUGUACCAGUCGAAAACAAGCACAGAUGAAAAAAAAGUGAAAGAGGCAAUCUAGAGAAAAUGUGCUGUUUUGUUUUGUUUACUGUUCUUUGGGUCUCAAACAUCAGGGAUUGUUUGAAUGUUAAAAACUGUUUUAAAUGUUCUUUCAUAAACCUUUCAUAAAGUCUUUUUUACUGGAACUCUUGUAUGUUCUUGCCAGUUUUUGUACAAUGUUAUAAUAAAAAUCUUAAUGCAAAAGAGUCCUUUUUACAAAUCUUUGACCCCACACUGGAAUAUGAAUGCACAGUACAUCAGAUUUAUGGAAAUGAUUUAUUGCAUACUCCUUUUCCUAAUACAGGAUGCCAGCAUGUGUGUCAGUCAUAACUGAAAAGGUAGCCUCCUCGUAAUUCAUGAACCGUGAUAUUAGCCAGCUGGAGGAGCACGCCACCCCAGUUUUCCUGCUCCUCUCCUUCAUCCUGAUGCCAGGUACGAUGGGCAGAGUACACCAUGCUCAGGACAAGCUUCUCAAACUGAUCCUGGGUCAGUGGCCGCUCCCUCGGACCUUCAAAUGUGGUCACCAUCUGCAUCAUGGCGCUCACACUCCUGGGGAUGUUAUCAUUGAUCUGAGACAAGAAAGCCCGCCCAGGCCUCAUUGAAGCCAGCUCCUUAUCAAGAAGAAUUAUGUUGUUGUCCUGGUCAAGCUCUACCCCACCUAACAAAAUCUGCGUACGGAACAGCAAAAGAAAUAUGGCUUUCAUGGCUUUCUCUGCAAGAGAAACAAAGUUAUGCAGCUUAACUAAAAGCAAAUUUUUUUAUCCAAAACAAGAAAAGUACCUCAAACAUCAGGUUUGCAUCAGAGGCUGAGGUUGGAUUUGUGCCUGCAGACACGUCUGAAAUAGAAAAGUACGAAGUUUAAAGUUACACGAAGGAAAUAAAUCACUGCGUUAAGAUGUAUCAACUUGCAUUCACGGAAACAGCAGAUUCAACAGGUCAUGCAGUGUCAAUACGUUAAAAUGCAAAAUUUCCAUAUUGCUCAAAGAUCUUACCGUGUAGCACCUGCUCAAACCAAAGCAACAGUAUGAUAUGAAGGCAGAUUUUGAGUAGUAUUUUCAUGUUCAUUCUUGUCUCAAAGAUUACGGCUAGAUCGUACACAUCAUCCCUCUAAAUCUCCUCUUCUUCACUCACUUUUGUGAAUCCAGAGAGGAGCAGCUCAGCCCGAAUACCGUGCAUUUUUUCAUCUAGGAAAAAAGAAAUCAAAGCCAAGUUUGCUCUGCUGCAAAGCAGACUUCACUAUUUUAUAAACCCUGGGACUUAUUUCCUGCAGAACCUCGAGCUAGCAGUUCACAAUGGAGUCAGUUUUUUUUUACACUUUGUUAAAUUAAGUAUAUUUUAAGUUCACACAAACAUUGAAGCCAUCGCAUACAUGAUACAGUCCAUAUUUAUGCAAAAAUUUUAAAAGACAAUGUUUACUAAUGUUUAAGAUCCCUCAGAACAUGGAUUAUUUUAAAAAAAUUAUUUGAAAGAGUCAGUCUUUUUCUCACAAAAUGGUUGACUGUUGUACUUUUUGGUGAAAACCUAUGUUAUAUAGAUGACAUUUCAAAUCUAACUUUCCCAACUUUGAUUGAAACUGAAUAUGUUAAUAAAUAAUAUUAAUGUUUAUAUAAUAAUAUGCUGUUUAAUGCAGUUGAUAACAGACUUGCACUGUAGAUUUUGCUUUAAAGGCAGUAUCUUUACCAUAUUAUGCUCAGGUGUCUCUAAUAGUGAAGCUAAUGCGACAAUGGGCCACGUGACCUCUUAACCAAGUUGUUUUUCUCUCUUUCUGUCUUGUUUUCCUUCCAAAGGCCAUCACCAGAAAUUGGCUAAAAACAGAUGCACCAAAAAUAGAGGAUAGAGGUAAUGAUCAAUAUAUAUAUAGAAUGGAGACGCUGACUUUCUCAUUUAGGCUAAAAACAGAUACUUAAAAAACUACUGGAAAAACUGGGUUGAUUUUGUGUCUCAAUUUAGACCAGACUUUGUGCAGUAAAGGCAUUGUGUAUUGUAGACUAUUGAUACCCUUGGUUCAAACUUGUUCACUGUUCAUCUGUUUAUUAUGUUUACCCUCCAACAGGAGAAAAUAGACAAUGCAAAAGAGGUGUGAAAAAAAGGACGAGUGAAAAGGAUUUCAUUUUACUACACAGUCAUUCUACUGGAACUUUACUCAAAAAUGUUAUGUCUAACUUUGUCUCUGCUCUGCAGUGGAGGAAUAUUGUAUACAAGUGGAAAUUUGUUCAAUAUAUGUAAAAUGUUGAUGGAAUAUAUGUGAAAUCAAUAAAAGAAUAAAUUAAGGAUA